AGAGUCUCGUCCAUGGGCGAUGAGACCAGUCGACCUGCUGCUGCUGUCUUGCCUCCUGGCGGUCCAGAGCUCGCAUGCUGUCAGCGGCGGACGAGACGUUGUACAGUCUGGUAGCCUUCCUCUACGACCUUGGUCCGGCGGCGAGAAUCUCCGUCCUCCCGCAUGCCAGGAGCUGCCCUCUUGCGGAGGGUGCUGGGGGAUUCGACAGAGGACGGGAGUGCUAGUGCAUGGCUGCCACCUGCAAGCAGAGGGAUGGGAGGAGAUAGCAUGGGGAAGAGAAGAAACCAACGAGCUCGGCCGAAUCCCACAGGCCGUGCUUGUGGCACAUCGGGAAGGAGCGGACAUGGUGCUGUUCGGCACCGGGGGGUCAAAGAGCAGCGAUGGGGUAAUGGAGGGAGAGUACACCAUGAGGUACAUGUUCGACAACUUCGAGCGGUUGAAGAACUUCAGGGAGUUCGAGGAGGCUGACCUUGCGCGGCUCAAGGAGACGAUGAGGCUGAUCUGCCGAUCGGAGACCAGGUCGCUGAACACGGUGCAGGAGCUGGAACUCUGCGGUCAGAUCAUGCACAACGAGCAGAUCCAGAAGGUCAUCCUGGUGUCAAGCCCAACUCACUUGCCCAGGUGCAUGAGGGAUGCCAAGGUUGUGUUCGAUGAGAACAAGUUUUCUUUCUCCAAGUCGAUCUUUGCAUGCCCAUCAAACACCUGUUACAAGAAUUCUCAAGCGCGGGUGCGGGAGGAUGUAGCUAUCGUGGAGCCGCCGCAUCGAGGAGACAGGUAG